UCUUCCCAGCAACUUCAUUGCGCAAAACUCCCACGUACCUUUAAUUUCUUUAUUCCAAAAUCUUUCUGGAGCUGGCAUUUUUUCUCAAACAAGCUAGCUCCAUCGGUCCAUCCCUAUCUUCUUUAUUCGAUCCUCCUUGUCAUUUCCCAUCACCUUACCCCAACUGGAUGAGUAUAUAAACCCCACUGCAUCUCCAUUCAUUUUCAUUCACAAAGUACGAUUUCCUCCAAUGGAACCCGAAAUAAUCCCGAAAUCUUUCCGUUGUUUCCCCCACAAAGGCCUCAAAUUAACCCUCCCUCGUCUCAAAUCAAAGUCCAGCUCUAAUUCAAGCUCUCCUCGAUCCCCUGGGUCUCCCAUUAGGCCCAAAAAUACCACGAGGGAAGAUGAGCUAAGAGAAGUUUUCCGUCGUUUCGAUAAAGACGACGAUGGGAAAAUCUCGGCCAUUGAGAUCCGGGCUUAUUUUGGGUCGAUAGGGGAGUACAUGUCCCACGAGGAGGCGAAAGCGGUGAUUGAUGAGCUCGAUGGCGAUGGAGACGAGAUGAUCGAUUUUGCGGAUUUUAUGAGGUUGAUGAAGAGGGAUGAGGAUGGUCAUGAGGAGGAUGAGGAUGUUAAGGCCGCGUUUGGGAUGUUCGAAUUCGAGAAGGGGUGUGGGCGGAUAACCGCGAAGAGCUUGCAGACAGUGCUGAGUCGGCUCGGGGAGUCGAGAUCGUACGAUGAGUGUGCCGCCAUGAUUCGGGCUUUUGAUGUUGAUGGCAAUGGGGAGCUUGAUUUUCAUGAGUUUCACCAAAUGAUGGCUUAGACUUGAAGUUUAGCACAUUGAAGAAUAUAUAUAUAUAUUGUGCUAAAAACCUUAAUAAACUAAGAAUAAUACAGUGAGCAAACUUUAAUUUGUAUCUCGUUUAUGCAACUCAUAAGGCACCAAUUUUAAAACAAAGCAUCUAGUGCGAUGGGUUCGUAUAAUAUUAGUUAUAGGUAGGGCAAACUCAACAUGCUUACAUCAAAAGAGAUGCCCUGGACUUUGUUGUGUGCUUUUUUUUUUUUUGGGUAAUCAGGUGUCGGAGUCAGCUUAAGCGUACAUGUAAGAAUCCUGGAGACCUUAAAAUCACAGUUUACUAGUAGUGGCCCCACUUCAAGCCGGAGCAACAAAGCUUCGUUGUGUUUGAAGGAGGUGAAAUCAAGAUGUAUGCAGUUCUCGUUUGAGGUCGAGAAGCUCGGACAAUCAAGUUUGCGUACGUAGGGAUGUUAGAAAAAUACUCCCUCCGUCCCACUUUGUUUGUUACCUUUUUGACUUUGUAAUGUCUUAAAUUGUUUGUCCAAUUUGAAUUUGAGUCAUGUAAGUUCCAUUAAUGCCCAUUCUCUUUGAAAAAUAUUGUGCAUGGAAAAGUGUGCACUCUCAUUUAAUGCAAAAAAGUGAGGUAUUUUUGGAAA